AUGAGGUUGAAGGAGUGGGAAACUGAAGUUGGAAGUGGGAAGGGCAUAUUCCACCUCCACAUCUCUGCAAAAGAGACCCUUUUGCUUCUUUUCAGGGUGGUUUUUGGCUCAGGAGAUCUCUGUGUUGAGGUUCCAUAUGCAGAUCGAGAUGCGAAAAUAUUCUCCUUUUUUCUCCACUUUUUGUGUAGUUUUUUAACAGUUGAUUUUCUGUACCAUCUUCGACUAUAUUCUCUUUCUGGUGAAAACUUUGAUGAUGGGUUGAUUGUACCCUGCAUGCUGCUUUGCUUUUUCACGAAAUUGCAAUUCUUUGUAACAGUCAUGGAUCUGUUGUGUGGGCCGGACACUAGUCUAGCUAAAGCGAUUAUUCAGAGUUUGUUUCAACCUACUCCUGCUAUCCAGCUGUGCCUGUGCCCUCGAGGCUUCUUCUUGGUUACAGAAAAUAUGGGUUUAGUCUGCAGCAGAAGUCGACGUUUUCGUGAUGCUGAUGCUGAAGAAAAUGCUCAGGACGCCGAAAUUGAAAGAAGAAUCGAGUUAGAAACUAAGGCUGAAAAGCAUAUUCAGAAACUUCUGCUAUUAGGAUCUGGAGAGUCUGGGAAGUCUACAAUCUUUAAGCAGAUAAAACUUUUGUUUCAAACUGGCUUUGACGAGGCUGAGCUAAAAAGCUACAUACCAGUCAUUCAUGCUAAUGUGUAUCAGACAAUAAAAGUACUGCAUGAUGGGUCAAAAGAGUUGGCGCAGAAUGACGCUGAUUCUUCGAAGUACGUGAUAUCUAAUGAAAACCAGGACAUUGGUGACAAGCUCUCAGAAAUAGGAGGCCGGCUAGAUUACCCCCGUCUUACCAAGGAGCUUGCACAGGAAAUAGAGACUCUGUGGGAGGAUGCUGCAAUUCAGGAAACAUAUGCCCGUGCUAAUGAACUCCAAGUUCCAGAUUGUACCCAUUAUUUCAUGGAAAAUUUGGAGAGGUUGUCUGAUGCAAAUUAUGUUCCAACGAAGGAGGAUGUUUUGUAUGCAAGAGUUCGUACAACUGGUGUUGUUGAGAUCCAAUUCAGUCCUGUUGGAGAAAACAAGAGAAGUGGUGAAGUCUAUAGACUCUUUGAUGUUGGUGGCCAGAGAAAUGAGAGGAGAAAAUGGAUCCAUCUUUUCGAAGGAGUUACAGCUGUAAUAUUCUGUGCUGCAAUUAGCGAGUACGAUCAAACACUGUAUGAGGAUGAAAACAAGAACAGAAUGAUGGAGACUAAGGAACUUUUUGAGUGGGUCCUGAAGCAACCGUGUUUUGAGAAAACAUCCUUCAUGUUAUUUUUAAACAAGUUUGACAUAUUUGAAAAGAAGAUCCUGAAAGUUCCGCUCAAUGUAUGUGAGUGGUUCAAAGAUUACCAGCCAAUUUCAACAGGGAAGCAAGAGAUUGAACAUGCGUACGAGUUUGUGAAGAAGAAGUUCGAGGAAUUGUAUUUCCAGAGCACUGCUCCUGACCGCGUAGAUCGCGUCUUCAAGAUCUACCGGACCACUGCCCUUGAUCAGAAGCUUGUGAAGAAGACAUUCAAGCUUGUUGAUGAGACUUUGAGACGGAGGAAUCUCUUUGAAGCUGGUUUAUUAUGA